AUGUAUUUAAAAUUUCUAUUGAUUACAUUUAUUGUUCAUUCAUCAUGUUUAAAUCUUCUUGAUAUAUGUCAAUCAGGUAUACGUGAUGAUGGUAUAAAUUAUGUACAUUGUGCAAGAAAAUCUUUAACUGAAAUUCCACAUUUUUCAUCAAAUCGUUUAUUUAAUUUAGCAUUUGAUGAACUUAUUUUAUCUGAUAAUUUAAUAACACAUAUACAUGCAAAUGUAUUUAAUGGUUUACGUAUAAAACGUCUUAUUAUGUCAGGUAAUCAUAUAAAAUCUAUAGAUGAAAAUGCAUUUCGUGAAUUAGAAAAUUAUCUUGAAGAAUUAAUAUUAGAAUUUGAUUCAACUAUUGUUGAUAGAAUACCACAAGCAAUACAAACAAAUUUAAUUAAUAUAAAAAGUUUAACAUUAAUUGGUUUAAAUUUACGUACAUUAUCAUCAAAUAUAUUUAAUCAAAUGAAAAAAUUAGAAAGUUUAACAUUAAAAUCAUGUAAUAUACAAUUUAUUGAAAUAAAUGCAUUUAAUACAAUUGAUAAACAUUUACGUUAUUUAUAUCUUGAUUAUAAUAAAUUAAAUGAAAAAAUUUUUAUUGAAAUAAAUCGUUUAAUUUUACUUGAAAAAUUAUCAUUAUCACAUAAUUAUAUACAAGAAUUUGAUAUUAAAUUAUUAAAUUUUAAUUUACAAUAUUUAGAUUUAUCAUAUAAUUAUUUAAAAAAAUUAAUAUUAAUUAAUAUGAAUAAUUUACAAAUAUUAAAUUUACAAAAUAAUUUAUUAACAUCAGAAAAUAUUUAUGGUUCAAUACCAAAACAAUUAAAAGAAUUAAUACUUGAUUUUAAUUCUAUAAAUAUUAUAAAUAAAAAUUUUAUUACAGAAAAUAAUUCAUUAGAAUUUUUAUCUGUACAAAGUAAUGAAUUUUUAUUAACAAAUUCAAAUAUAUUUCAACAUUUAAAUAAACUUAAAAAAUUAAAUUUAGCAAGAAAUAAUAUUCAAAUUAUACCAAAAGGUUUAUUUAAUUUUACUCCUUCACUUGAAGAUUUAAAUAUGGAUCGUAAUCCAUUACUUUCAUUAUCUAUUGAUACAUUUUCUGGCAUAGAAUAUUCUUUACAUAAUAUAAGUUGUCAAUCAUGUUCUUUAACAUCGGAAUCUUUAAUUGCAUUUUCAUGUUUAAAAAAUCUUCAACGUUUAAAACUUCAAUCAAAUUUAUUAACAAAUAUUUAUCCAGAAAAUCUUUUUUCUUCUAUGUUAAAAUUACAUGUUAUUGAUUUACAACGUAAUCAAUUAAUACAAAUAUCAUCUGAAUUUCCAUCAUCAUUACGUGAAUUAGUAUUAAGUAAUAAUCGUUUAACUAUAUUACCAUUUAAUAAUCAAACAUUUCAACAAUUAUCUCAACUUAUUACACUUGAUCUUAGUUCAAAUCCAUUACAAUGUGAUUGUCAUAUAAAACCAUUAUAUUAUUGGUUAUUAAAACAUUUUCAAUCUGAACUUGUUCCAUAUGUACAAUGGAUAUGUUCAAAACCGGAAUAUCUUGUUGGAAAAAAAUUAGGUUCUCUAACAGAACAUCAAUUAAUCUGUCAAGAGAAAGAAAUAUCAUCAUUUAGUGUUUGGUUAAAAGAUUCUGAAACAAUUAUUAUUGAAUGGUCAUUAACUUCUUUAUCUUUACCUUUAAAAUUAAUUGUUAUGGAAAAUAAUAAUCUAUUACCAAUAAUUAAUUUAAAUAAAACACAAAAUUAUUAUGUUCUUGAAAAUUUAAAAUCAUCAACUAAUUAUUCAUUAUGUUUACAAACAAAUGAACAAUAUUUAUGUCGAAAUAUAACAACAAAUAAUCAACAAUAUAUUUCUUUAUCAUCAUCAUCAUCGUCAUCAUCAUCAUCAGCUAUAAUUGAUAUUGAAUAUUUAAUUAUUGGUAUAACAAUUGGUAUUAUUAUUAUUUUACUUAUUCUUUUUAUUCUAAUAUUAUUUUUAAUAAAACAACGUAAACAAUAUCCUCAUUCAUUAAAAUCAACAACAAUUGAUUCGUAUUAUCAAACGACUGGUUCUGAUACAACACAAAUUGCUACAUGUAAUAAUUCAAUAGAAGAACAUUCAAUAAAAAGUCUUAAACAUCAUCAAUCAACACCAAUAUUUUGUUAUUGUCAAUUACCAUCAAAUUAUUGUCAAGAUCAACCAUCUUAUCAUAUAUAUCAUGAAAUUCCACUUUAUAAUAAACCUCCUGUUAUUAUUUAA